UUGUCAACUUAUUUAUGUCACAAUUUAUUUAUGUCACAAAAAGUAUCAUAGAAAAAAUAUAAAAAUAUGCUGGGACAUGGUGAAGUUCCUCGAUAUGUUCCAAACUGGUGGAACCCAUAUUCUCAUAAUGUCGGUCAAACAGAUCCAAGAAAGAAGCAAAAAUUAAUAGUCAUCGUUAAACUGGUUUUGGUGGUAAUUACCAUGUCAGGCGGAGCAAUUUUGGCUUUAUGUUUAAAUAUUUUUAUGCCUGCUGGUCAACAACGUUCGAAUUUUUCAGACAGCGACCCAUGCAUGCAAGGGAACAAUUUCGAAACCCCAUUAAAUCAACGAAUGCCUCGGAAAUUUGAUACAAAUGCGCUGCAGAAAGAAGAAACCACUACUCCGACCCGUAUCCAAUACCAAUCAUCUAAACAUUUUUUAAUAACACCUUACCGACCCCAUUAAGAAUAAAUAUUCUUAUAGUCAUUAAUGUUCAGUAGGGUUUUACACAUGGUUUUACACGUUUUCCUUCACCCAAUGAUAUUGUAUUCUAAGCGUUUAUAUUAUUUUAAGCUAAUUUAAUUAAAAAACCUCUUUCCUGAGACAAGCUUAA